GCAUGUCUGCGCAUGUACAGACGCAGUCCACUGACCAACUGCUAGUGGCUAUAAAUUCAUUUUAGUCUGAACUGGUGAACUGAACGACGAAGUAUCCGAAAUAUUUAUUAGUAACUUUCAAAAGUAGUUGUGAAAAGAGCGGUUUUCAGCGAAGUGGGAUUUGACAUUAUUUAAAUUGACUGCAGUGCCAGUGACUGGUGCGAAGUUUGCGUUUGGCCCUGUAUCGUUUGUUCUCAGUCGCCGGUGAAUAUCCAACUGAAACAUUAACGUUAGCUCGCUAACGCUACUCGGAGGUUGUGUUGAGUGGUCAACUUAUAAUAUUGGCGUUAUACUGCUGGUAGAAAAACGUGUUCUACGAUUCUUAUGAUUGUGAACUCGUUUCAGAAUUAAACGAGCUACAAUAAUUUCCUUCUUAAAAAUGGCUGCAACAUCGUUCGAAAUUGACGGAAGCGUAAUGGAGGGGGGGGGUCAGAUAUUGAGAGUGUCUGCUGCAUUGAGUUGCAUCCAUGGCGCCUCUAUCAGAAUAAACAAAAUCCGAGCAGGUAGAAGUACGCCAGGAUUAAGACCUCAGCAUCUGUCAGGGUUGGAGCUGGUGCGGGACAUGACUGGGGGCAGUCUGGUGGGGGCCAUGGUUGGAUCUACCGAAAUCACACUGACCCCUGGCAAAAUUAAGGGUGGGAAUCGCAUUGCAGACACCCAGACUGCAGGGAGUGUGGGCCUGCUGCUGCAGGUGUCUCUCCCCUGUGCGCUGUUUGCUGAUGGGCCAUCUGAGCUCUGUCUGAAGGGCGGCACCAAUGCAGACAUGGCUCCCCAGAUUGACUACACCAUCAAGGUGCUCAAGCCAAUCAUGGAGAAAUUUGGGGUGCAUUUUGACUGUGAUCUGAAAAUGAGAGGGUACUAUCCCAAGGGUGGAGGUGAGGUGGUGGUUAAGACCAGCCCGGUGAAGGAGCUGAGCCCCAUCACUAUGACGGAUAGGGGCAACAUCACCAAGAUCUACGGCAGGGCCUUCGUGGCCGGCGUUCUGCCCUUCAAGCUUGCCAAGGACAUGUCAACGGCAGCCGUGAGGACUAUCAGGAAGGAAAUCAAGGACUUGUACGUCAACAUCCAGGCUCUACAGGAGAAGGACAAGGCCUGUGGGAAUGGCAACGGCAUCAUUAUCAUUGCAGAGUCUUCCACGGGGUGUAUAUUUGCUGGCUCUGCCUUGGGCAAGAAAGGUGUGUAUGCUGACAAAGUGGGCAUGGAGGCAGCGGAGAUGCUACUGAGGAACAUCAGACACAACGGCUGUGUGGACGAGUUCCUACAGGACCAGCUCAUCCUAUUUAUGGCCCUGGCACAGGGCACUUCCAGAAUCCGCACCGGGCCGAUCACGCUGCACACACAGACUGCCAUCCACGUGGCAGAACAGCUUACUAAGGCCAAGUUUGCAGUGACAAAGGCAGAGGAUGAGCACUCCACCAGCGACACCUACAUCAUCGAGUGCCAGGGAGCUGGGGUCACCAACUCCAACUUCUAGUUCCUUCCCCCACCCUUACCCCCUGCCCGUUGGCCUCGCCCCCACUGUUGCACCAAGCUGCUUGUCUUCCUCUGGUCAUAGGACUGUAGCAGAAACACUACUGUGAUGUCCCAGUGCUGUCCUGAUGUGAGUGAUGGGAGAGAAGAAGGACAUCCAGAUGCAUGAUUUCCAGGCUCCCCCCCCCACCCCCCCACCCCCCAUAUUCUCUGAACAGAUGCCUUGAAGACCAGUCAUCCAAAUUCCCAGCCCCUUGCAUUAAUUACUAUUACCCUCUUAGCUUGUGUUACUCAGGGUAUUGCCUUAUGCUGUAAUAAAACUAUUCUUUGAA